AUGAAGUUCACAGUCGCUGCCUCCCUUCUUGCCCUUGGCACUGCCUCCGCCUUUGUCCCUCCUCAGGCUUAUGGACGCACCAGUGAUGUUGUCCGAUCUAUGGCCGCCACAGAGACUUCUGUUUACACUUUUGAAAAGAGUGAAGAAAUCUUUGCUGAGGCUCAAACUUUGAUGCCCGGUGGAGUCUCUUCUCCCGUCCGUGCUUUCAAGUCCGUCGGUGGAAACCCUGUUGUCUUUGACAAGGUCAAGGGAGCCUAUGCCUGGGAUGUUGAUGGCAACAAGUACAUUGAUUACGUAGGAACCUGGGGACCCGCCAUUCUUGGACACGCUGAUGAUGAUGUCCUGGAGGCUGUCAAAGCCACAAUGGAAAAGGGAACAUCCUUUGGUGCCCCCUGCCCUUUGGAAAAUGAACUCGCUAAAAUGGUCAUUGAUGCCGUCCCUUCCGUAGAAAUGGUCCGUUUCACAAACUCUGGUACCGAAGCUUGCAUGGGAAUGAUCCGUCUUGUCCGAGCAUACACCGACCGAGAAAAGGUUAUCAAAUUCGAAGGAUGCUACCAUGGACAUGCUGAUUCUUUCCUGGUCCAAGCUGGAUCCGGUGUUGCCACCCUUGGAUUGCCCGAUUCUCCCGGUGUUCCUGCCUCUGCCACCAAGGCCACAUUCUGUGCCGAAUACAACAACUUGGAAAGCGUAAAAGCUAUCUUGGAGGACAACAAGGACGAAAUUGCCGCCAUCAUUUUGGAACCCGUUGUUGGAAACUCUGGUUUCAUCAAACCCGACAAGGCAUUCUUGGAAGGACUGCGAGAAUUGGCCACUGACAAUGGAGCUCUCUUGGUAUUCGACGAAGUCAUGACCGGAUUCCGAGUUGCCUAUGGAGGCGCCCAAGAAUACUUUGGAGUCACACCCGAUGUCACUACCAUGGCUGGAACCCUCAGUGGAAAUCCUUUGGCCAUGACUGCCGGAAUUGAAACCAUGAAGAAACUCAAGAAGGAUGGUGUCUACGAAGAGUUGGAACGCAAGUCCCAAAAACUGGUUGAUGGUAUCUGCGCUGCUGCCAAAGAGCACGGACACGCCAUCUGUGGAGGUACUGCUGGAGGUAUGUUCGGAUGGUAUUUUACCGAGGGACCCGUCAAGAACUUCCAAGAAGCUACCAAGGCUGAUGGAGAGAAAUUUGGCAAGUGGCACCGGAUGAUGUUGGAGCGAGGAGUGUACUUGGCACCUUCCAUGUACGAAGCUGGAUUCAUGUCCUUGUCACACACAGAUGAAGAUAUUGAAAAGACAAUUGCCAUUGCUGAUGAAGUGCUUUCCAAGCUGUAA